CCGGCCCUCAGCCUCCCCCAGUCCAGCUGCCACUGCCACUGCUGCCAUGCUACCCCCUGGGACCGUGCUUCUCUUGCCUCUGCUCCUGGCAACCACCUUGCUGGGCCAGGGGACUCGGAGGCCAUCACGGCCCCCUUCCCCCAUCGACACCAUCCAGCCCCAGGCCAGUUUUGAUGCUCAGCAGUUUGCAGGGAUGUGGUUCCUCGUGGCUGUAGGCUCUGCUUGCCGCUUCCUGCAGGAGCAAGGCCACCGGGCUGAGGCCACUACACUGCGUGUGGCUCCCCAGGGCACAGCUAUGACUGUUAACACCUUCAGAAAGCUGGAUGGGAUAUGCUGGCAAGUGCGCCAACUCUACGCAGACACAGGGGUCCCCGGCCGCUUCCUGCUCCAAGCCAGAGGCGCACGAGGAGCCUCGCACAUGGUCAUCGCUGAGACCGACUACCGGAAUUUCGCCAUCCUGUACCUGGAGCGGGCUGGGCAGUUGUCAGUGAAGUUGUAUGCCCGCUCCGUCCCUGUGAGCGAUUCAGCCUUGAGUGGGUUUGAGCAGCGAGUCCAGGAGGCCCAUCUGACUGAGGACCAGGUCUUCUUCUUUCCCAAGUAUGGCUUCUGUGAGGCUGCAGACCAGUUCCAUGUCCUGGAUGGUGAGUGGGCAGCAGGCCCGGGUGGGGGCACCGCAGUGAGGGCUGCGUGCUGAGUCCUUCUCUGCUACAGAAAUGAGGCACUGAAGCCAGGCACACAGGAGAAGACCCGCUGGAGAGGUACCCUACUGGAGGGGGUGCCUGCUGCCCCUCCUCACGGAGCCCUGGGCACCACUAGUUGGUCCAGGCCUUGGGUCAGAGCCUGUCCCCAAGCUCAGUGGCUGUGAGGGGCAUGCCUUCUCAUUAAAUGUCUCAGACUGAG